AUGUUCUUUGACGUUGAGUCGGUGUUUCAAGAGGAGGGCACGCUUGCAGCGCCUUUCCGCGAGUACAAAGAGACCGUUCGUAAAGCCGCGAAGGAUUUCUCCAAAAUUGAUCCUAUCGAGCGGCCGUUCAAGGGAUCUGCGGAUUCCGACAAAAAUAUAGCCUCGAUCUAUCAGAACAUGCGUAAUAUCUUGAGCGAUCAUCAAGACUACGCGAUUCGUGAUCGCUGGGGAAGAUUCAUCCAGAAGAUCAAGGAGGACAAGCAUGAGCCACUGAGUAAAACUGUAGACGAGCGGGAUUACGUCUUGAAAAGGCAUCCGAUCCGCUGCGGGCUUCUGAAGUACGAACUACAGCUACAGCUUAAUCACAGAGCUUCCAAAAUCGAGCAUAUGGCGGGCGACAUUCUUUACAUGGCCUGGCUGUAUGUUGCGGUAAGCCGGAUACUGCACCCGUAUAUGCCCCGAUGGCCUGACAUGGAAUAUCUACUCAACGGUCGACAAGACAAGCUGUUCUUCGGUGAAUGGCCAAAGACUCUCGACGAAGUGGGUAAGAAGAUUGAUCUCGGACGCGGCUACUCCAUUGCCAAUAAGGCGAGCAAUCGGCGUUCAAAGAAGGACACCUGGGACAACAAGCAACUGCACCGACUCGACGACCCAACUGUGAUCGGAGAACUGUUUUUGAAGCGGAUGGGUGCGGAACCCAAAUCAACAGCAGAAGCCCACGAACGGGUGAUGAAGUUAGUCAGCCUGGUGUGCAAGCCAGAGUCGCAGAAGAUCUUGGACAGACAAGAAAACUUACCCCAAGGUACUUACGAAACAUCGGAGUUCUUGAAGUCCGUGGAAAUGCAACGCAAGCCCUUAGCCUUGCUCGGAGAGAUUCGCCAGUGGCUCCUAGCGGAUGAAAACGACCUGCACUUCGACUGGUUCGGUAUGUUGCAUACCUGUACAAACAUCUGGAAGACAAUCAUGCCGGCAUUUCGCAAGAAUCCCGUGUUUAAAGACGACCCUAACAUCUACAACUGGAACGUUAAUACUGUAAUCACUGUACUCAAGACAGAAUCUAUCGCGCAAGACAUGGGUACGCCUAUGCCAAUUUUUGAGGUGGUUUGUGAAACUUUAAAGCAGUUCAUCCAGAUCCCAGUAUCAAAGGAGAGCGGCAGCAAAACAUGGAAAGGCGAUCUACAUUUGGCCAAGCUUGUAGAUGUUUGCAACCCUGCGAUGACGUUGAUGAACCCAGGGCCUGUCAGCUUCAUGAAUCUCUACGCAAACUGGAGUGAUGAAGACAAGAGAGACUCUCGUGUGGGCAGAGCAGUUUGGUAUGCAAUGCAGGCAUUUGGUGCUAGGACCGGGAAGGAGAAGAACAACAGAGAGAGCGUGAAAGAAGAGACAGAUGGCGAAGAGUCAGUCAGCGAGGCAUCAGCCGCCGAGGAGCCUGUCAACGAGGGACCAGACGGCAAAGAGCCAGUGAACGAUACACCCGUGGAUGAGGACGAACCCAGCGAGCACUCAGGCAGCCAAGACGAUGAGACGGCCGAAAUCGACGAAGCAGCUUCGGACGCUGGUAGUGGCAUCAGUAUUCAGGAAUUCUCUUUGGACCUCAAUGCGCUCGCUAGCCAGUACAAGAACGGCGGCAACAACAUCAUCUUCAUGGGCAACAAAAUGAAAGCGUCGGUAGCCAUCAGUCGCGCGCAGAUGGGCCAGCUACGUACGGCACCCAAUGGGGACUUCGUAUUGCCCGGCGGACCCCCAAGCCGGUCUUCUCGAGUACAAAUGCUACCCCCGCGGCAGUCGAAGCGUGUUCGUGGUGUUCGUGCAAUAGCUACGACGGAAGAUGCCCCCGAUCUGUGUGCUUGCGGUCUCAGUCGGUACGGAGUGAGUGUAAGGCCGAUACCGACAAUGAACACCAAGGCAGCGAAAGUGGAGCACCAAUGUAUGGGAGCGCUAUUCGAAGGGAUCGACGUACCGGACCGUGACCUCGGUGACGCUAUCAAGGUAACACGGCGCAAGAUUUGA